ACUUCAGCCCCGACCCCAGCUCCACUCCGCGGCCGCACAAAGCCUCCUCUCUCCGGCUGUAGAAUCUGUGAACGCCCUCCGGUCAAACCCAGCGCCUGGGAGAAGAGACGGUCGUUAUCGCAGCGACCCCCUCCCGCCAUUUAAAGCUUUUUAUUCGGGGCUCACAAAGGAUUAGCGGCCGUGCGGGAAUUCCGCCCUCACGGAGCUCAACGGCCAGACCCCGCCUCUCCUUCAUUUGUCAACAAAGGGGUUUGACAAGCCCGGAGAAGCCCUGCCUCCAUGUUCCCAUAAAAGGAUGAUUUGGCCAUACACGGCCGACAACCGAGCCGUGGGCAGCCGCUUUCCCUUCCACAUCCACGUACAUAUGCUGCGUUGACUUCCUCCGUCGCCGUUAAAGCGGAGCUAUCAUGGCGGAGCGCGCACAGCAGCCCCCGGCCAAGCGGCUCUGCUGUAGACCGGGAUACGGCGCAACAUGUAGGCAAGGCCAGCGGGCCGCGUGGGCGCCGUGCUGCGGCUCCGCAGCCGCUCAGGGCGACUCGAGCAAAACCCAGAACCCGGAGACUCUGCUGGACAUCGCGGCGCGGCGAGUCGCGGAGAAGUGGCCGUUCCAGCGGGUCGAGGAGCGCUUCGAGAGGAUCCCGGAGCCCGUUCAGCGGCGGAUCGUAUACUGGUCCUUCCCGAGGAGCGAACGGGAGAUCUGUAUGUACUCGUCGUUCAGCACGGGCGGGGAGGAGAUCGGGAGUAGCGGGGAGAGCGGCGACGACACGCGGCUGCCGUUCCGACGGGGCAUCGGUCUCCUGGAGAGCGGCUGCGUGGACAACGUACUGCAAGUCGGGUUUCACCUCAGCGGCACAGUUAGGGAGCCUGCCACGACCUCGGAGCCCGAGCUGGUCUGCAACGUGAGCGUCAGCUUCGACCGUUGCAAAAUCACAGCAGUAACAUGCAGCUGUGGCAACAAGGACAUCUUCUACUGCGCCCACGUCGUGGCCCUCUCGCUGUAUCGAGUGCGAAAGCCAGAGCAGGUCAAACUGCGCCUGCCCAUCUCAGAGACGCUUUUCCAAAUGAACAGAGAUCAGCUGCAGAAGUUUGUUCAGUACCUGAUCACAGUGCAUCACACGGAGGUGCUGCCGACGGCACAGAAGCUGGCAGAUGAAAUACUGUCGCAGAACUCAGAGAUCAACCAGGUUCACGGAGCACCAGAUCCGACGGCAGGGGCCAGUGUGGACGAUGAGAACUGCUGGCAUCUGGACGAGGAGCAGGUUCAGGAGCAGGUGAAGCUCUUUCUCUCCCAGGGCGGGUACCAUGGCUCGGGAAAGCAGCUCAACUUACUGUUCAGCAAGGUGAGAGAGAUGCUGAAGAUGAGGGACUCCAAUGGCGCCCGCAUGUUAACGCUGAUCACAGAGCAGUUCAUGGGCGACCCCAGACUGGUGCUGUGGAGACAACAGGGGACCACCAUGACUGACAAGUACAGGCAGCUGUGGGAUGAACUAGGGGCUCUGUGGAUGUGCAUUGUGUUGAACCCCCACUGUAAACCCGAGCAGAAGGGAUUCUGGCUUCGACAGCUUCGCAGGUGGAACAGUGUGGACGUCUGUCCCUUGGAGGAUGGUAACCAUGGCAGCGAGCUGACCAAUCUGACCAACGCUCUGCCCCAGGGCCUUCUCGGCAACCCAGACUCACUGACUCGGCCUCACCGGACCGUGUUCACACGGGCGAUUGAGGCCUGCGACCUGCACUGGCAGGACCCCCACCUGCAGCACAUCAUCACGGAGGACCACUACACCAACUACUGUUACCAUGACAACAUUGACAGCUCUCUCUUCGACGCCAGAGGGUGGCCCCUGUGGCACGAGCACGUACCCACCGCCUGCGCCCGAGUCGACGCCCUGAGAUCACAUGGUUACCCCAAGGAAGCACUCCGACUGGCCAUCGCCAUAGUCAACACACUGAGGAGGCAACAGCAGAAACAGCUGGAGUUCUUCCGCACUCAUAAAAAAGAGCUGCUUCAUAAAGGCAUGACAUCAGUUACCAACCUGGAGGGCUGGGUGGGCCACCCUCUGGACCCAAUCGGCACACUGUUCAGCACACUGAUGGAGACGAGGCAGGGCAGCGAAGAGAGAGUCCUGUUCGACUUCUCAGGCUCAUUUGGUCCAGGGAGGAUGACGGAGCAUUUCGCUUUCCCAGCGCAGCGUUUCCUGGAAGACGGAGAGUCGUUUGUGUCGCUGGCUGUGGAGACGGCGCUGAUCGGGCUGGGGCAGCAGAGGAUGAUGCCGGACGGCCUCUACGCCCAGGAGAAAGUGUGUCGCAACGAAGAGCAGCUAUUGGCCAAGCUCCAGGAAGUCAAUUUGAACGACUCGUUGGUGAAAAUCUUUCAGAAGCAAGCCGUUUUCCUGCUAGAGGCUGGUCCUUACACUGGUCUGGGAGAACUACUCUACAGAGAGAGCGUGCCCAUGCACACCUUUGCCAAGUAUCUCUUCACCUCGCUGCUACCUCAUGAAGCCGAACUGGCGUACAAAAUUGCACUGAGGGCUAUGAGAUUGCCAGUCCUGGAGUCCACGGCCCCCUCUGGCGACAUGUCCCGGCCUCACCAUAUAGUGUCGGUGGUGCCCAACCGCUACCCUCGCUGGUUCACGCUCAGCCACAUAGAGACCCAACAGUGUGAACUGGCCUCUACCAUGCUCACUGCUGCUAAAGGUGAUGCUCGUAAGCUUCAAACAGUGUUAGAGUCCAUCCAGAAGAACAUCCACUCCUCAUCCCACAUCUUCAAACUGGCCCAGGAUGCCUUCAAAAUCGCCACCCUCAUGGACAGCCUGCCGGACCUCACGCUGCUCAAAGUCUCUCUGGAGCUGGGCCUUCAGGUGAUGAGAAUGACCCUGUCCACCCUGAACUGGCGGAGGAGGGAAAUGGUGCGGUGGCUCGUCACUUGUGCUACUGAAGUCGGUGUGUUUGCACUGGACAGCAUCAUGCAGAGCUGGUUCACCCUCUUCACCCCCACCGAAGCCACCAGUGUUGUGGCUAGCACUGUCAUGUCCAACAGCACCAUCGUCCGCCUGCAUUUGGACUGUCAUCAACAGGAGAACCUGGCCAACUCUGCUCGCACCCUGGCCCUGCAGUGUGCCAUGAAGGACCCCCAAAACUGUGCCCUGUCUGCCCUGACGCUUUGUGAGAAGGACCACAUUGCCUUCGAGACAGCCUACCAGAUUGUACUGGACGCAGCUGCUACAGGAAUGAACUACACACAGCUGUUUACAAUAGCACGCUACAUGGAGCACCGUGGUUAUCCAAUGAGAGCGUACAAACUAGCAACAUUAGCCAUGACUCACCUGAAUCUCAGCUACAACCAAGACACACACCCGGCCAUCAACGAUGUGCUGUGGGCAUGUGCGCUCAGUCAUUCGCUGGGAAAAAACGAACUGGCAGCCGUCAUCCCCCUGGUGGUGAAGAGUGUGAAGUGCGCCACCGUCUUGUCGGACAUUUUGCGGCGGUGCACAUUAACGACUCCAGGCAUGGUGGCACUGCACAGUCGCAGGAACUCUGGGAAGCUGAUGUCUCUGGACAAGGCUCCACUCAGGCAGCUACUGGACGCCACUAUUGGGGCCUACAUCAACACGACGCACUCUCGGCUGACGCACAUCAGCCCACGCCACUACAGCGAGUUCAUAGAGUUCCUCAGUAAAGCCAGAGAGACGUUUCUCAUGGCACAAGACGGACACAUCCAGUUCACCCAGUUUAUAGACAACCUGAAACAGAUAUACAAGGGCAAGAAGAAACUCAUGAUGCUCGUUCGAGAGAGAUUUGGUUGAAAGUGGACCAAAAGACUAUUGCCCUUUUUUUUUUUACUUGAGACUUCUUUUUUAUCCUUUUCUAACUUGAAGUGAAUCCACUUAAAACAACAUUCAUAUUCAUAUGAUUUGGGACUACUGGGUCUAAUGUGAUACUGAACUGAAGGGUGUAAUUAUAUGCACAUACCAUAGAGAUGUAGGGCUAUUUAAAAAGCAGCAUCAAAAGAAAGAAAGUCUCCUGCACAUUGAUUCCAAGCCACAAAAUGUGAAGAAAAAAAGCCAACGUUUCUAUCCCACUCUAAUCCCUGACAGGUCAAAAUGCUUAAAAAUACCACACCCACAUACAUAUGAUUAUGUAACAGAAAUAAUAAGAAUCUCAAAGCAAGAACAUGAAUCUCAACGACAAAAUAUCAACAAUAUAUCAGAAAAUUAAUUGUAAGAAAAAAUGGAUAGGCCUGGGUGGCCUUUCCAGCAAAUUUGCAAGGGUUAAUGCUAUUACUAUUAACAUUAUCACUAUUAUCACCAUUAUUAUUAUUGACAGUAAAAAUAAAACAGAUUUUUUUUGCAGUAACCAUUGCUGAGUGGACAUGUCUUGGUGAGAUUAAGUAUAACAUUUUGCACUAUAUCAUAUUAUAGUGCUGUGGAUAAAGUUAAAUACACAGUAGUGAAAAAUGACUAGAUAACCAAUCCUUUCUACCUCUACCUCUCAAUAAUUCUUCUGUUGGUCGUAGCAAAUUCCCUAUUGUACGCUAUUUGUUUUUACUUGAAAUUAUCUUUUCCAUCCACACACAAGACCGGAAUUAAAUUAGGCUAUAAAUUUAAAAACGUGUGAAUAUAUCUAUGUCAAGGGUUUUGACCUGACACAUUUUCGGGCUUUGAAAGUGUUCUAAAAGUUGUGACUUGGAGUCACUGUGCAGUUUCUUCUAACUAAUGUGAUAUUGAACACAGGUUCCCGAAGGCAGAUCCUUAGACCUUAUUCAAUUCAAGCCGCACUAAGUGUCAGCCUAAGCACAGACAGAUCCUGGGUUGACUUCCGUGUUGGAGGAAAGAAUUGGACAGUCCAAGGUGAUAGGGUUGAGAUAUGAAAAAUGCUGCAGGGUGAAGUUUCUCUCUGAAAAUGAGGGAAAAAAACUGAGCCCCGAAAGCAACAGCUGGUAUUGAUCUGUAUAAAACCAUUAAGUCUGCAGAAGCGGAGAACUGUUUGUCCUUUUUUAUAUAUGUAUGAAAGUAAGAGAGGAAGAGUGUUACACUGAGUAUAUACUGUAUUGUCUAAUGGCAAAAAGUCCACCUUGCACUCCUCCUGUGUCCCUCUGUUAACAUUCACAGCCUCAAAGAGAAAACAAAUGGCUUUAAACCAAAUGGAGCAGCUCCAUCUGAAGUAUUGAGUACCUCUUUUUAGGGAUCCAGCUUUACCCCCCCCCCCCCCCCCGCCC